AUGUCACCAGCAGACGACUCACUGCUGAAAGGGACACAGCGACCGAGUGAGCAGACUCAAGCCCAGCCUCUGCCAGCUGCAGCUCCACCUGUAGAGGCCUCAGAGGGCGCUGUAGGGUUCCCGAGGCCCCCGGGUGACAUCCAGAAGCCGUGCCUGCGAUGUGGCUGCUCCCUCUCACCUGGCGUCCCAGAGCACACACUGUCCCCUCUGUCACCAGCUCUGGUUGGACUGCAGGGCUCCAGCCUGUCGGUGCAGAGCAGCAGCAGCAGCAGCAGCAAAAGGAGGAAGGGCAGGGACAGUCUGAAAAGUUCACACCAACCUCCUGCUACACCACAUGACUCCUGUCUUCACAUGCUACUGGCCUGCCUGUCGUGCCAGUGCUCGCUGCUGUUGCUGGGCCUGUUGGAGGCGUGCUCCUCCUGCCUCCACACCCUGUGCUCGUCCUGCUGCCACGGCUGUGCCCGCUGCUGCUCGGCCCUCCAGGACGCGCCCGUGGAAGAGCUGAACUGCCACACCCACUGCCACUCGGUCCUGUUCGAGUCCUGCUGCGAGCCCACUGAGUGUCUUGAGUUUUGUCUGGAGUGCUGCGACAUCUGCCAUCACAGCUAA